AUGGAAGAGGGGUGCGAGGGCGCGGGUGAGGGUGAGGGGUGGCGCGCAGCGAGAGGCAGUCAGUGCCGCGCCGCGCCCGGCCGCGCGUCUCUCACGCGCGCCUUACGUAACCAUGGCCGAGCCUGUGAGCUGAUGGGUGCCCUCGUCUGGUGGCUGGCGGGCUGCUGCCUGGUGCACGCCGUCGCCGCCGGCAACCCCGACGCCAAGCGCCUCUACGACGACCUACUGUCCAACUACAACAAGCUCGUGCGACCGGUCGUAAAUACUACCGAUGUGCUACGCGUCUGCAUCAAACUGAAACUCAGUCAGCUCAUCGAUGUCAACUUGAAGAAUCAAAUAAUGACGACAAACUUAUGGGUGGAGCAGUCAUGGUAUGACUACAAGCUGCGUUGGGAGCCGCGCGAGUAUGGAGGCGUGCACAUGCUGCACGUUCCCUCCGACCAUAUCUGGCGACCGGAUAUCGUGCUCUACAAUAAUGCCGACGGCAACUUCGAGGUAACGUUGGCGACCAAGGCGACCAUCUACCACCAGGGAUUAGUCGAAUGGAAACCGCCCGCCAUUUACAAGUCCUCCUGUGAAAUAGACGUGGAAUAUUUUCCGUUCGACGAGCAAACCGCCGACGGGAACUACGAGGUGACACUGAUGACGAAGGCGACGGUGUACUACAACGGCAUGGUGGUGUGGCAGCCGCCUGCCGUCUAUAAGUCCUCCUGCUCGAUCGACGUCGAGUUCUUUCCUUACGACGUGCAAACCUGUGUGCUUAAAUUAGGCAGCUGGACAUAUGACGGCUUCAAGGUGGACUUGAGACACAUGGACGAACAGGCGGGCAGCAACGUGGUAUCAGUGGGAGUAGAUCUUUCUGAAUUCUACAUGUCCGUCGAAUGGGAUAUACUGGAGGUCCCCGCAGUAAGAAACGAAAAAUUUUACACAUGCUGUGAUGAGCCAUACCUGGAUAUUACGUUCAACAUUACGAUGCGGAGGAAAACGCUGUUCUACACCGUCAACAUCAUUAUACCGUGCAUGGGGAUUUCUUUCCUUACGGUGCUCACGUUUUACUUGCCUUCAGAUAGCGGCGAAAAGGUAAAUAACAAAUGUUUAUUCAAGUUUAUUGGAGGUUUGUUCUUUAUAAACAAGAUAUAA